AUGUCGUUAAAAACAGCAUACCUCGAGGCUCGGAUGACCCAGAAGCCACCUUUUUCCGUUGAGGUGGCUGGUUAUUCGCAGGUGCCUGGUGAAACUAUCCCACGUCGCAAUAUCCGUUCUCCAGACAAACUUGUGUCGGAACCCGAAGAAGGCAUCUCUACCGUUUUUGAAGUGGUGAAAUGCAGCGCUGAAAGAUUUGGAUCUCUCAAAGCUGUGGCUUCACGGAAGCUGAUCAAGAAGCACCAUGAAGUGAAAAAGGUCAAGAAACUCAUCGAUGGCAGGGUGCAGGAAGUCGAUAAGCAGUGGCUCUAUUUUGAGAUGAGUGGGUAUAGCUAUAUGAGCUUCAAGGAGUAUGAGACUUUGACGUUGCAGCUUGGGGCUGGGCUGCGAAAGCUGGGGCUCAAGACGCAGGAUCGAGUGCAUUUAUAUGCGGCAACUAGUGCGCACUGGCUGUCUCUUGCCCAUGGUGCCAUGUCACAGUCAAUGGCCAUCGUGACAGCUUACGAUACCCUUGGUGAAGAAGGCCUUCGAACCUCGCUCGUAGCAACUAGAGCUAAGGCCAUCUUCUUGGAGCCACACCUGCUCAAAAUCUUCAUCAAUACCUUAAACGACGCCAAAGAGAUUGAUUACAUAAUCUACAAUACAGAUGCCGAACAUGAGAUUGACCCCGCAGAUUUGGAAACACUGAAAAAGUCCUUCGGUCACCUGACUAUUCUGAGCUGGGACGAUUUGAGAGAAUUGGGAGAAACCAAUUUGGUGGAUCCUGUGCCCCCGAAGAAAGAUGAUCUGGCCUGCAUCAUGUAUACUUCCGGUUCAGGUGGGCCUCCAAAGGGUGUGGAGUUGACUCACAAGAAUGUCGUGGCUGCUGUCGCGGGAGCAACCAGCUCAGUCGGUGACUAUCUAGGCCCAGGUGAUUCUCUACUAGCCUACCUACCGCUGGCACACAUCUUUGAAUUCGUUUUCGAGAAUUCCUGUCUCUACUGGGGCGGAACAAUGGGCUACGGCUCACCCCGCACACUCUCAGAAGCCAAUAUGCGGAACUGUAAAGGCGACAUCCAGGAAUUCAAACCUACGCUUUUGGUGGGUAUCCCGGCUGUAUACGAGACGGUGAAAAAGGGAGUUAUUGCCAAUAUUGAAAAAGGAGGGCCAGUUCUGAAGACAUUAUUCUGGAGCGCGUAUUAUGCCAAGCAAUUUCUCAUGCAAAAUAACCUCCCUGGCUCAGGGAUUUUGGAUGCCGUAGUAUUCAACAAAGUGAAAGCCGCCACAGGGGGACGCCUACGUUUCUGUAUGAGCGGUGCUGCGCCUAUCGCGCGAGGCACGCAAGAGUUUAUCUCCUUGGCCAUUGCACCCAUGAUCAAUGGAUACGGUAUGACAGAGACAUCAGCGAUGGGUGCUCUAUGCAAUCCCGGUCACUGGACCCUCGACGCCCACGGCGACAUAGAAACUUGCAUCGAAGUAAAGCUCGUCGAUUACCCCAACGCAGGCUACUAUUCCACCAAUACCCCCAAACCACAAGGCGAGAUCUGGGUGCGCGGCGAGAGUAUCACGAAGGGGUAUUACGAGAAUCCCAAGUUAACAGCAGAAACCAUCACUCCCGAUGGCUGGUUCCAGACGGGGGAUAUAGGAGAAUGGGAUGCGAAUGGCCAUCUGAAGGUUAUCGACCGGAAGAAGAAUUUGGUCAAGACGUUGAACGGGGAGUAUAUUGCUUUAGAGAAGCUGGAAUCAAUAUACCGCUCCGCCACCACAGUAGCAAACAUCUGCAUCUACGCUUCCACUGGGGAAACCCACCCCAUCGCCAUCAUCGUCCCCGCGGAACCCGCGCUCAAAGCCCUCGCCACCUCGAUCGGUGUCUCUGGCCACGGCAUCGGCGACCUAGUCCACGACCCGAAAAUACAAGCAGAAGUACUGAAACAGUUGCAAACUGUAGGCCGCAAAGCGGGCUUAGCUAGUAUCGAAAUAAUUGCCGGCGUCGUGUUGGCGGACGAGGAGUGGACCCCGCAUAAUGGACUUGUUACUGCGACGAGUAAGUUGAAUCGGAAGUUGUUGGUUGACACGUAUAAGCAGGGGAUUGAGGAGGCGUAUAAGAAGGCGAAGAAAUGA